GGGAAACAGACGAGGCCUAUCAGGCCCGGAUGCUGGCCUGGAGUACCGAAACCAAGAGACGGGUGGAUGACGCAGCAACCGCAGCGAAGAAGAAGGCAGAGGACGCCGAGAAGGCAUAUCUGCUGGCAAUUGAACAGCAGCGCCAGCAUGACGAGGCAGCAACAAAGGCUGCUGAUGAAGAACGAGUUCAACGGCGUGAGAAGAUAUUUAGCGGAGAGCAAGCUUUGCUCACAAUGGCAGCAGACUGGCGGGUCGAGGCCGAGAAUGGCAAGAUGGAAGAUAGCGAAAACAAGAUCGCUCUACUCCUCUCCCAUAUCACGGACCUCCGGGCAACAUGCAUUACACAGCAGGAGGAGACCCACAACCUCAACGACGCACUGACUCAAGUCCACGGCCGCCUCCGACAGCUGGAGCAGCGACCGGUCGCCGCCCCCGAUGCCAGCUCUUCCAACACCUCCGAUCGCCUCGAGGCCUUGGAGAUGGACGUCGGCUCCCUCAAGGACGACGUGCAGUUACAGCAAACCGCAACGCAACAGUUGGAGCAGUGGAUCUGUACUGCCGCCAACAACUCGAGUUCGGAACCACGUGAGACAACUUCAAAGUUCGACGGGCAGGAGAUCUUCUGCGACUCGACGAAGAUAGAUCCGAUUCCAUGGUUCCGCAAGUUCGAGCUCACGCUACAGCUACACUACGUCAAAGAACACAAGCACCACAUGUACUUAUACUCCCCCUCGGGGGGCGCGUGCCAAGCGUGGUUGGACAAUCUCUUGUCCAAGUACGGAGUGGUAACUGCCGACUUGCAUACCAAGAUCACACUAUGCGCCCAUCUCCGCACGUACUUAUCCUUCUAUGCACCACCAACUUCGCCGACGGAUGACGAAGUCGCGGUGGGGGAUAUCCUUACGUAUGUUACCAAGUUGGCCCGCGAGUUUGGCAACCAGCGGUAUGACGACAACAACGCAGCGCUCCUCUAUGUCCGCAUCCAAGUUGGGCAAGCGUCCUGCAGCGCUUUGCUGGAUAGCGGCGCGUCUCGCAAUUUUAUGAGUCAAGCGUUUAUGCAAAGGGCUGGCCUUGGUGCACAAGUUCGAAGGAAGGCAAAUCUGACGACGAUCAAGUUGGUGGACGGAAGGACGCAGCAACUUAUCGACCGCUACAUCGAGGCCAUACCGGUGUAUUUCGCACCUCAUGCAUGCGAACCGGUAACGUUCGACAUUUUGGACACGGACUUCGACAUCAUUCUGGGAAUGCCUUGGCUUGCAAGUGCGGAUCACACGGUCAACUUCCACCGGCGGACUCUUACCGUUCACGACGCCUUCGGCGCCGAAGUGGCGUGUACUAUUCCUCUUCCGCACCCUUCAAUUCGGUGCCAAGUGGUGACGGCCAAGUCAUUCCAGGCUACUUGCACGUACGAGAAGCCCGGCGAAAUCAGCCUAUGCGUCCUAUGGACCGUCGCGGUAGCCGACUUUUCACCCACGGACUUGUCUUCGGACUCCCGUGUGGUGCGGUUGCUUGACGAGUUCGCCGACAUCUUCGAGUCACCUACCGGUGUGGUGCCGGAUCGGCCAAUCUCUUACGAGAUCAUUCUCGAGGUCGGUGUUGUGUCGCCGAAAGGUUGCAUUUAUCGCAUGAGCGAGGAGGAACUUACGGUCCUCCGCGCGCAACUCGAUGAUUUGUUGGACAAGUGCUGGAUCCGCCCUAGUAGCCCUCCAUACGGAGCGCCAAUUCUCUUCGUACGGAAGAAGAACCAAGAUCUACGAUUAUGCAUCAACUACCGCAAGCUCAACGCGCAAACCGUCAAGAAUGCGGGGCCUAUUCCUCGCAUCAAUGAUCUUCUGGAGCGAUUGGGCAGCACGAAGUAUUUUUCUAAGUUGUAUCUAAGGUCGGGACAUCAUCAAAUCUCGAUCCGACCGAACGAUCGCUACAACUCGGCGUUCAAGACGCAGUCCGGGCAUUUUGAGUGGGUGGUCAUGCCUUUUGGCCUCACCAACGCCCCGACAACCUUUCAAGCGGCAAUGACCAACGAGUUCCGUGCAAUGUUGGACCGGUUCGUGUUGGUCUACUUAGACGAUAUUCCCAUCUAUAGCCAGACAUUGGAGGAUCGUCUUGGGCAACGAGUGUUGGAGACGCUCUGCCGCGCGAAGUACAAGGCCAACCGCAACAAGUGUGAAUUUGUCUGGCAAGAGCUGGAAUACUUGGGCCAUUUUGUCACACCGGAGGGCAUCAGUCUGCUAUCGGACAAGAUUCAAGCCAUCCAAGAGUGGCCGGAGCCACGGGACAUCACGGAUGUCCGUUCGUUCCUUGGCCUCGCCGGCCACUACCAGCGUUUCAUCAAGGGCUACUCGAAGAUCGCGACCCACUUGACCAAACUUCAAUGCGAGGAUCGACCGUUUGACUUCGGAGAGGAUGCGCGGGGAUCAUUUUUGGCUCUCAAGGCCGUACUAUUAUCUGUGGAGGUCUUGCGCAUAUACGACCCGCUUUUGCCUACGCGCGUCACUACGGAUGCGUCCGGUUAUGGCAUUGGUGCCGUCCUCGAGCAACACGAUGGCGUGGACUGGCACCCGGUCGAGUAUUUCAGCAAGAAAGCGCCCGUCAUGCAUUCCAUUGACGAUGCACGCAAAAAGGAGCUCCUCGCCUUCGUCCACGCGCUCAAGCGGUGGUGGCAUUGAUGGAUUUCCUAAGGAAUUCUGGGAAGUUAUGUGGACUGACUUAAGUGGGGAUUUAUGAGACUAUUACCAUGA